AUGCCGGUCACAAAAUCGGCUGGAGAUAAAAUGGAUCCUGAAAGAGCAAGAUGUACGAAUAUGGACACCAGCGCUCCCAAAAUAUUGAUGCCUCCCACUGCUUCAAUAUUCGGCGCUCAGGCUCAUGAAAUAUCCAAAAAUGCAGAUCUUGCAAAUCUCUUCAAAGCAGAUCUCACAAGCAUUCGUAAUCUGGUAACUUGCUCUAUUUGUGAUCAGUUAUUAUUCGAGCCAUGGACGAUAAUGUGUGGACACACAUAUUGCUACUCGUGCCUGUGUAGCUGGUUCGGUCAAAAUAAGCGCAAGAAGUCCUGUCCUGAAUGUCGUUCCAAGGUAAAAGCUAUGCCGGCGCCCAGUUUUCUCGUCAAACAGCUAGUCGAAGUUAUUUUUAAGAGGUCUGAAUUAACUUUAGCUGAUGAGACAGUUGAACAACACCAACAAAAGCGCUCAGAGGAAAUAGCAAUCGUUGAAAAAGACAGGAUAUCAUCUCAAGGUUUAUUCAAAGGCAUGUUCGUUGUAAAGAAAAAAGGGCUUUGGAUGGACGAAACUGAUAGUGUCUUGCGAUGUUUUGCAUGUGGAUUUGAGUACGAAGGAGGUCCUGUCUGCUCACAUUGUGGAGAGCAGAUUAACAACAAUCAAAGCUACGAUAUGGAUCAGGGUAUUUUGGAAAGUGAGGAGUUUGGCUCUUUGGAUUUUGAUCUUGACGCUGAUUCAGAUGGUCGCUCUGUUAUGUCGAAUGACUCCAAUCUUUUUGAACACCUCCACGGUUAUAGGAAUUUCAUAACUUAUUCAUUAAGGGAUCUACAUCCGGGACAGGCCGUUAUUGGUUCAAACUUAACCGACGAUGGAAUUAUCGAAGAUACUGAGAGUGAGGCUUCAGAGCUUUCUGCAUCAGAUUCUUCUAGCAAUUCUGGGACCGACGAAGAUGAUGAUGGAAGCUCUCUACAAGAUUUUAUUGCUCCAGAUGAUGAAAUAGAAAAUGAUAACACCCAAUCAUACCAUGCAUCAGACAUAGCACAAGACCCUGAUGUUCAGUUUACAGGUCAAUCUCAGAGAUUUCGUCGGGGCGAAACAAUUACUAUAUCUGACGAUGACUCCGACGAGGGAGGAGCAAUAUCUAACCGUCGUCAACGACAGAGGCGUAAUAUAUCCUUUGCUGAAAACAAUCCUUCUCUAAGUCCUGUCGCAUCAGUCAUGACAGUUACUGAUUUGAGCAAUGUUGAGUCCGAUAUGGGCGAUCAUGGCAGCGAAGCGGAACUCUUAAGAUACGCUGGCUGGAGUCCAUUGGACUACAGUAAUGACAGCGAGAACGAUAGCCAAGAUUUCUCUCGAUUUGAGAACAAUCAUGUUGCAGGUUAUGAAGUCGAUAGUGAUAGUGAAACAAAUACCGAAAAAUUAGUCGACGAUGAAAGGUUCAAUGAUAAUAAUCGUUCUAGGCAAGAUGAGAGCAAUAAUUCAGAAACUCCGACUUACCGCUCGCCCAAUAAUCGAUCAAUUUCUCGUAGUUUUGGAUUUUCAAAUGUUUCGGACGAUGACUCCGAUUCAAUCGAUUCAAAUCUUAUGGACAGAGAUGGUGACACAAACAUGAAUAUAUCUCCACAAAUGUCACAAAAUAGCCGAAGCGCUAGCUCCUGCGUCUCGGGGUCACACUUCUUACAAGAAGAAAUUGAUCGAGAAACGUUUCCCUCCACAGAAAACCAGGCGCCUGCUCGGCAUAGAAUAUUUGGGCACGAUUCAGAGCAUCUUACGAGUGAUAGAAGUAGUAGCCCUCCCUUUGAUGAAACCUUUCGUAGGGAGCAUACUCGGCGAGCAAGACAAAUAUCAACGCAUCAUAUUGCAAACGUUCAAUCACGUCGUGGGUCGCUCUACAGUGCUAGUAGGACUAACCGAAGACAUCCUGCUUCAGGUCACCAAAUGCGUGCUACCCAUCAACCAACUAGCUCAAUAGAUCGUGUUUCAGGUGCGCGUAGAACCAGGGACAACUCAGGAAGAGAUGCUUUUCAUCAGACAACAACUCGUGGAAAUACAGAUCUACGAUGUGGUGCAUCAGAUGAUAAUAAUUUUGAUUCUAGCAUCAGAGGCGAAAAUAUAGGUGCUGCAAAUGAGAUUCAUGAUCUAGAAGAGGAGUCUGAUGAUUCAAUUCAACCUCCUACUCGACGUCAUAUAAGGCAAAAUAGUUCAGUCCGUUACAACCGGCGAUAUGAUCCUCGAAUUAGUAUAAUGUUUGCCGAACAUCAGGAAACUCUUAUCAAUAAUCAUGUGAGUGAUUUACAUUUGCCAGAUUCCAGCAGGACCGACGUGAUCUUAAGACCUCGACGUAUAGCUGUUUACCGAAACAUGUCGACACGUUGCGACGACGUGCUUAGAGGCUCAACGAUACCUACGAGAUCUACAGUUUCCUCAAGUCACCAGAUCCGACCUCUCAGGCAAAACUAUUCAAGGAUAUAA